AAAGCCAAAUCUCAUAGUGAAGGUGCGUUGAUGUAACAGCAGCCGGUAAAAGAAGGUUGUGCAUUUUAUGUUAAAUAGUAAUUAAAUAGACAGAGUCCAAGCACGUGCCAUGCAAAUUCGUCGUCCGCGAGGUGUCACAGUUCCGCAGUUAAUGGUGGUCACGGCAAUUGGGGUCCUGGGCGGUAUUUACAUUUGGCAGCCACUGAUAUUGAAGUUCAAAACCGAUAAGAAAACGGAUAGCGAGCCAGCAGCUGAACCCAGUGGUUCCACAAAAUGAGUUUCAUUAACGGCCUCAAAAGAUUCGCCACAACGACUGUCGGUCUGAUGGCCAUUGGUAUCGGAUCCACCGCUCUCGUCUACACCACCCAUCGCUAUGUCAUUCAGCCCCAUCUUCUCCAAAAACGUCGCGAGGAAGCCGAAGCCUGUGCGGAGUACCUCUUCCAGCAGGAGUGGCACUCCCCGAUCGCCAAUUCAAGGCCCAGUCAAGACGACUAUUGAGAGGAGGAUGUCUUUUACGAAAAUCAUUACAUACCUCUAGCCUAGUGAUUAGUUACCAAAUUUCAAUACUGUAACCAAGGUGAACAAUGGAAUUUUACUUCCUUACCUUUGAUUUGGGUGAAGAGGCCCAUUUUCUUAUGUUCAUUUUAGAGUAAACAACGCUUAAGUUAAAUCCAAUGGAAUUUUUAUGGAAGGAAUAUGAAUUGAAUAAAUAAUGAAAAGCA